CUCCCUCUUAACUUCAAGAUGGACCCUAAAAACACACAAAUUUCAAACUUUAAAUGAAUAACUGUAUUUAUUACUCCUUAUUUAUGGCUACCCCCAAUUUCUUUCAACCCUGAUUUUCCUUCUUCUGCUUCAUUAUUGCUCAUUGCUUCUUCUCUUCUAUUCUCCUCGUUUGGUUUGAUUUUGUGAUUUUCAACAAAGGGAUUGGAUGGGAAUUCCUUUUUCUUUUGGUUUCUUAGCUUCUUAUGCUGCUGAUGUUUCAUCUUAUGACUUUGCUGUUCCAAGUAAAGAAAUUCAAUGGCUGGUUUCAGUCUUCGCCGGUAUCGUCUUCAGUCUUACUGUGUAUAGAUUGACUGCUAUUUUCAGUUAUCGGUUCACGGCAUACAGAAAACUGAGCAGUGCUGGGAAAGUUGAAUGGAAUAACCGGGGAUUCUCAACAUUUCAUGCUCUCUUUGCAUCCUUUACGUCAUUUUACCUCUUGAUCUUAUCAGAUCUCUUCAAGGAUGAUUCACAAGAAACGCUUGUUGUUAAUAGAUCAUCUACUUUCUCAAAUUCAGUAUUGGCGUUCUCUACAGGCUAUUUUCUAACAGAUAUGGCGAUGGUGAUUUGGAAUUUUCCAGCUUUGGGUGGCCUGGAAUAUGUUCUACACCACGGAUUGUCCAUGUUUUCAAUAGUCCAAUCUUUGCUUAGUGGUCAAGCACAGAUCUACAUAUUAAUGGUUCUUUUCUCUGAGAGCACAACUUCUUUUGUAAAUCUAAGAUGGUACUUGGAUAUUUCUGGUCUUAAGAGCUCCAAACUUUACAUCUGGAAUGGCGUUGCGUUGUUCUUCGGGUGGUUGGUGGCAAGGAUUUUCCUGUUCAUGUAUUUGUUUACUCACCUGUGGACCCAUUUUGAUGAGGUCAAGGAGGUUUUCCCAAUGGGUUUCUACAGUUUGCUUGCGGUGCCUCCUGUGUUGUCAAUGAUGAAUUUAUUUUGGUUCUGGAAGAUUGCCAAGGGCAUGGUAAAAACUCUUUCCAAAGCAAAACAUAGCAAGUGAUUCCACUCCAUUUGGUGUUGCUCUAUACUUGAUGCAUAAAAUGGUCAUUGCAUUGCUUCAGUACAGUUGCACUCAACAAUUUUUAUUUUUUUUAUUUACAAUACUUAUAAGAAUCGGUACAAUUGUAUAUUUGGCAUUACUGAAUUGAGUAGUAUUUUUACGAUUAAAUUUAUUCUUAAAUCACUGUAUUCUUAAAAUUGUCAGCAUUAAAUCAAAUAGGUGUCACUAGUGGUUGUGUUCUUCAAUACAUCAUCAUGAGAUCAUCCAUGAAGACAGGAUUAUAACUUUUGUAAGAGUUGUUUCUCUUCUUCAAUUGAGUGACAUGCGUUACUCUAUA